UGGCUUUUCUUCCUUUUCCGAUAUGACGUGCCACGGGUGUCUGGGUAAUAUUUUUCGUCUUUCAUUCUCGUCAUAAUACGUUAGUUACAACGCCUGCGAAAAUGCAAGCUGGUUUUCAUUGGACCGGGUAAAACUAUUUGUUUUAUUAAAAAUAUUUUUUUCUAUUUAAUGUACUUAAUAUUUUUAUAGUUUCAAUUCGAUCAAAUUUGUCUUUUGUCUCUACCCAAUCUGAUGUAAAACGACAGCUUUUACAUAUUAUGUUGCUUUAUAAAAUCGCUUAUUCACUUUGCAUGGUAACAUCAUUAACUUUCAUACAGUAUCCAAGAUAUCAUACAUAGCUUCAUAAUAACGUCCUAAGAAAUAAGAUUAAGUCUCUGAGCUCGAAAAUAAUAUUAUAUAUUCAUGAUUUCUAUAUGUACACAAAAACAUAUUUCUGUAAAAAUUUUUCCUAUAUAAUGUCUUUAUUCUUAAAGUGGAUUAAGUGAACAUUAUAUUUAACUACUACAACUGAAUAAUUACAUUUUCUUCUACAUUUUAAAGGAUAUUUUCUAUAAAAUGAGAAAAAAUUGUUAUAACGAAUUAUAUAAGUAAACGGAUUUCAUUGCAUGAUUACUCGAUCACUAUAAUUGCGCAUAUACAGAGCAACAGAAAAACUCACCAGGCAUUCUGGGUAAAAUUUCUGUGAGUAAUCAAAAUGGCUGGCAUACAACGAUUUCCGUUUUCUGACUGCGUUUUAAUAUAAUUCAUUAAAACGAUAUUUCUUUGAAAAAUUGGGGAAUAAAAUUGUAGAAUGUAAAUGUUUAUUUUUGUAAAGGACGGUCUUUUUACAGAUUUUGAAAUUAUGUUGAUAAAAGAUCUAAUUUUUAUCAGAUUUACAGGGCGUUCAUUUUACUAAGGGGUGUAGAUGGAAGAAGGGGAGGGGAGAGGUGCGCGCGCGCUGCAUGUUGGAACGGUAGACGGAGGACGGUCGGGGAGGGCGAAAGAACGAGACUAGUUCACAAAAUGGCGGCCAAGCUCAGGCCUGUGAACAUAUAGUACGUGGAAAUUCGAUAAUUUUGUACGAUGUCGCGACUUUGUGUAUCAAUAGUCGAUUAAUACAACGGAUACGUGUAUACACGACAGUUUAAUUAUUAAAUUAACGUGAUAUUGUGCGUGGUGCAUGUUAUAUCGAGAUAUCGGUGCGACGCGCAGACGGAAUGAUGCAGAAAACGUUAGAGUCUGAGUCUGGUAAAGAAUCUGGAUCUGAUUCUGAAAAUGAAAGUAAAAGUGAUAGUUCUUCUUCUGGAAGCAAUACAGGAUCUGGUUCUGGAUCAGAAAGUGACUCUAGCUCCUCAAGUGGUUCCGGGUCUGGAUCAGGUUCUGAUUCUGAUAAAUCAGAGAAGUCGGAUGCACCUGCACAAAGUGAUAGCUUCCAGAGCAAAAGUUCAAAUCACAGUACAGAAACAAAAGUUAGGCUUAAGAAUGAGUCUAGUCGCGAGUGGGAUGAGAAUCCUGACAUUUAUGGAAUCAGAAGAUCUAGCCGUUCUAGGAAAGAGCCUGAAAGGCUUGCUACACAACGUGAAAGCGAUAGCGAUAGUCGCAAGAAAUUUAAAAAAAAGGGUUCACAUAAUUCAUGGAACUCAGACAGUUCAGAUUCUGAAUCUGAUAAUGUUGAAAGCAGGAGACCACCACCUAGUAAGUCGUUGAAUAGACGCGCGGCACAAAAAGCCAAAGAAAAAGGAAGGAUAAGGAAAAAACGAAUUUCAGAAUCAUCUGAAAAUUCUUCUUUUGAUAGUGAUGAUAACAGGAGGCAAGUUACAAGAAGAAGUGGAACUGCUAUUAGUUACAAAGAGGAAAGUGAAGAGAGAACUGAUAGUGAAGAUCUUGUAGAAAUUGAAGAAGGUAACAUUGCAAAUCCAGAACCAGAUAAUACAGAAACAAUUGAACGAAUUUUGGGACAAAGAGUUGGUAAAAAGGGAGUUACAGGUAAUGUCACAACAAUUUAUGCUAUAGAAGAAAAUGGCAAUCCAAAUCCAGAGGAUCUGUCUAAUGAAGAAACUGAACUGCAAUAUUCAAUAAAAUGGAAGGGAUGGUCUCAUAUACAUAAUACAUGGGAAUCAGAAGAGUCAUUGAAAGCACAAAAAGUAAAGGGAUUAAAAAAAUUAGAUAAUUUUAUUAAACGAGAACGGGAAAUCAAACAGUGGCGGGAUUAUGCUGGACCCGAAGAUAUAGAUUACUUUGAAUGCCAAUUAGAACUUCAACAAGAUCUCCUGAAAAGUUACAAUAAUGUUGAAAGAAUUAUUGCUGAAUAUAACAAACCUGAUUCAGAUCAUCCAGAUUAUUAUUGUAAAUGGGAAAGUUUACCCUAUGCUGAGGCUACAUGGGAAGAUGGAGCAUUGAUUGUUAAAAAAUGGCCAGAGAAGAUAAAAGAAUUUCGUGAAAGAGAAGAGUCAAAAAGAACACCAAGUAAACAUUGCAAAGUUCUUAAGUCUAGGCCCAAAUUCCAUCAGUUAAAAGGACAACCAGACUAUAUGGGAAAAGGUCGGGAUUUGACUCUUAGAGACUAUCAAAUGGAUGGAUUGAACUGGAUGAUCCAUUCUUGGUGCAAAGAGAAUAGUGUUAUUUUAGCAGAUGAAAUGGGGCUUGGAAAAACUAUACAAACAAUAUGCUUCCUUUAUUAUUUAUUCCACACACAUCAGCUUUAUGGGCCAUUUUUAUUAGUGGUGCCCCUUUCGACAAUGACUUCCUGGCAAAGAGAAAUGUCACAAUGGGCACCAGAUAUGAAUUUUGUUACAUAUCUGGGUGACGUUACUUCCCGUAAUGUUAUUAGAGAGUAUGAGUGGUGUUAUAGCUCAAAGAGAUUAAAAUUUAACGCCAUACUCACGACAUAUGAAAUAGUACUUAAGGAUAAAGCGUUUCUGGGUGCCUUAAAUUGGGCCGUACUGUUAGUAGAUGAAGCUCAUCGAUUAAAGAACGAUGAUUCGCUCUUGUAUAAAGCUCUCGCUGAAUUUCAUACGAAUCACCGCCUCCUAAUAACUGGUACACCAUUACAAAACAGUUUAAAGGAAUUAUGGGCCUUACUACACUUUAUAAUGCCUACUAAAUUUAAUUCAUGGGAGGAAUUUGAAAAAGAGCAUGAUAAUGCAGCUCAAAAGGGAUAUUCUAAACUACAUAAACAAUUAGAACCAUUUAUUUUGCGACGUGUUAAGAAAGAUGUAGAAAAAUCUUUGCCCGCUAAAGUUGAACAAAUAUUACGAGUAGAAAUGACAUCUUUGCAAAAACAAUAUUAUAAAUGGAUAUUAACCAAGAAUUAUAAUGCAUUACGGAAAGGUGUUAAAGGUUCUACUAUGACGUUCUUGAAUAUUGUUAUUGAAUUAAAAAAAUGCUGUAACCAUGCUUUCCUUACAAAACCUACUGAAAGUGAAAGGAAGGACAAUAACGAAGAUUAUUUACAGCAACUAAUUCGCGGUUCUGGAAAAUUAGUUCUUCUUGAUAAAUUAUUGGUGAGAUUACGAGAAACAGGUCAUAGGGUCUUAAUAUUUAGUCAAAUGGUCAGGAUGUUAGAUAUUCUUGGAGAAUAUCUACAAAAGAAACAUUUUCCAUUCCAAAGAUUAGAUGGAAGUAUAAAAGGAGAAUUACGAAAACAAGCAUUAGAUCAUUUUAAUGCUGAAGGAUCGCAAGAUUUUUGCUUUUUAUUAUCAACAAGAGCAGGUGGUCUUGGUAUCAACCUUGCUACCGCUGAUACCGUCAUUAUUUUUGAUUCAGAUUGGAAUCCACAAAAUGAUUUACAAGCACAAGCUAGAGCACAUCGUAUUGGACAAAAGAAUCAGGUAAAUAUUUACCGUUUAGUAACAAAAAAUUCUGUAGAGGAGGAAAUAGUAGAAAGAGCAAAGCAAAAAAUGGUUCUGGAUCAUCUUGUAAUUCAACGAAUGGAUACAACUGGUCGAACAGUAUUAGAUAAAAAAAGUGCAGGGACCAAUAACAAUCCAUUUAAUAAAGAAGAUUUAAAUGCUAUUUUAAAAUUUGGGGCUGAAGAUUUAUUUAAAGAUGAAGAGGACGGAGAUGAAGAACCCACUUGUGAUAUUGAUGAAAUUCUGAGGAGAGCAGAAACGAGAGAUGAAGGGCCUUCAACAGUUGGAGAUGAACUGUUAUCAGCAUUCAAAGUUGCUAGUUUUGCAGCAUUCGAAGAAGAAUCCGAACCAGUUAAUCAACCCAAUGAUAAUGAUGAUGAGAGUAAAGAUUGGGCCGAAAUUAUUCCUGAAAAUUUCAGAAAAAAAGUUGAAGAAGAAGAGAAGUCAAAAGAAAUGGAAGAUUUAUAUUUACCUCCAAGAAGUCGAAAAACAUUGCAGCAAAUUAAUCAAAGUGGAGAAGGAAGAGGAAGAAAGCGGAAAAAGCUAUCUGCCGAUGAUAGUGAAGAAGGAGAGGAUUCCGGAAGUGAGGUUGAUGGUAGCGAUGAUGAGCGACCUAAGAAAAGAGGUAGACCAAGGGUUACGCCACGAGAAAAUAUUAAAAGUUUCACUGAUGCAGAGAUACGAAGGUUUGUUAAAAGCUAUAAAAAAUUCCCUGCACCAUUGAAACGAUUAGAUGAUAUUGCGGCGGAUGCAGAAUUGCAAGAAAAGCCAAUGUCAGAAUUACGCUUCUUAGGAGAUCAACUAAAAUCUAGAUGUGAAGCUUGUUUAUCUGAGUUUGAAAGUACCGCGAAAGAGAAUAAAGGUGAAGAAGAGGGUAAAGGUCCUGGUCGUAAGAGGGGUAGAGGUCCUACAUUUAAAAUUGGGGGAGUUAUGGUCAACGCAAAAUCUUUCUCUGCCGCGGUAAAGGAAUUAGAGCCUCUAGAACAAGCUUUACCAUCGGAUUCGGAACAACGAUCUAAUUGGCAUAUUGAUAUUAAAUUGAAACCGGCAAAUUUUGAUUGUGAUUGGAGCUCCGAAGAUGAUUCUAGGCUUUUAAGAGGUAUAUACCAACAUGGCAUGGGUUCAUGGGAAAUCAUAAAAAUGGAUAAUAAUUUGAAACUGGGUGAUAAACUUCUCCCAAAUGGUAGCAAACUUCAAUUAAAAAAAAUAAACACUCGAGCCGAAUAUCUAUUAAAAGUACUCAAAAAACAAAUUGACUCCAAAUUAGGAGUGACUAAAGCAAGAAAACCAAGAAAACCAAAAGAAACAAAAACUGCAAUUACAAAAGAAAUUAUAGAGGAAAAUGAUAGUUCAGGUGAAGAAAGUAAUAAAUCUAAAUCCAAAGUCGAAAAGCCAUCUACAAAGAAAGAAGAAGAGAUUGUCGUAAAGAAAGAAACUAAAGAAGAAGUAGAAGAGAUAGUAGAAGAAAAAAAAAAGGAAAAGAAAGCUAAAAGGGAGAAAAAAGAAAAUAAGAGGGCUAAAAAAGCAAAACAAGCAGCGGGUCCGAUGCAUUUUACUGCUAAUAAUGAACCAAGAGCUCUUGAUGUUCUUGGUGAUUUGGAUCCUUCUAUAUUUAAUGAGUGCAAAGAAAAGAUGAGACCAGUAAAGAAGGCGCUUAAGGCUUUAGAUAGACCAGACCAGUCUUUGAGUGAAGCGGAACAAGUCGCUCACACGAGACAGUGUCUUGUACAAAUUGGAAACCAAAUUAACACUUGUCUAGAAGAAUAUAGAGAUCCUGAACAAAUCAAAGAAUGGAGAAGUAAUUUAUGGUAUUUUGUGUCUAAAUUUACAGAAUUCGAUGCGAAGAAACUUUAUAAAUUGUAUAAACAUGCGACGAAAAAAGGAGGUGAAAGUAAUACAAGUGCUACGUCUAGCCCAGAAAAGAAAGAAGAAUCAACUAAUGUAAAGAAGCAUACCGAAAAACAUAUCGAAAAGCAAGUAGAAAAUAUUAAAGAGAGUAGAACACAAAAACGAAAGAUCGAAGAUACGGAAGAAAAUUCAAAUAGUAGCAGCACAAUGAGUAAGAAACAUCUCUCGAUUAUAUCUGCUGUAAACAGUAUCAGCAAUACAUCUGCAGUUACUAUUGGUGCUACCACCAUUACUCCCAUUACGUCGACGCCAAAUUCUACUUCAAGUACCACUAAUAGUGUGGACACGCCACGACACAAGGAGAAAGAAUCAAAAUACAAAGACAUGAAGAGAGAUCGAGAACGUGAUAGGGACAGAGAUAGAGCGCAUGGUGAUAGAAGUAUGGACAGGAUGAGUGGAAGUAAAGAUGAGCGAAUUAGGAGAGAUAGCGGCGGUUACAGUAUAAGUGGACACUACAGUGGAAGCAGAGAGGAUGACCAUUGGUUAUCCCGUGAUGGAAGAGAUAUGCGAGAUGGAAGAUUAUCAAUACCUAGAUUUGGAGAUCACAAACGUGACCGGUUUGAUUCUUAUGGACGAAUGUCUAGUGGAUAUCAUCGUGACAGAGAUCGAGAUCGCGACCGUAAUAUCCAUAUGAAUGACAAACGGAGUGAUUAUUAUAGAUAUCCAUCAGGACCACCCAGUUAUGGAUACGGUCCAGGAGGAUAUGGAGGUGGAGGUGGCGGUGGUUAUCCUCCAUCUGAUAUUCCUCCGAGCCACUUUAGAGGUCGAGGUUACCCUGGAGAUAAUUAUCCUAGCGAAUGGCGACCAAACAAAGAUUAUAGACGAGACUAUGAUAGAAGACCACCUCCGCCAAAUGCUAAUUCCUAGUGCUCCUUCCUUAUUACCGUCCUUGAAUGCGUUGUUAAACAACUGUAAUUUCGAUGGAGCCUUGUGUUGUUUUACCUGACUGAGCAUUUUAUAUUAUGCUCCUUUAAACAUGGUUAUUGUUUAAGCGUGAAGUUCUUUACACAGUUUAUUCUGUGAUUUAGUACUACUUGUGACUUGUACCUAUGUAUAAAGUUUAUUCCAUUGCUUAUUUAAUAUGCAAGAAUUCUAUCUGGAUUGAAUGAUCUUUUUAAGAUCUUUUAGGAGAGGUGUGAAAAUAACCAGUUUAUUCUUAACAUAUAGUUAAUAAUUUUUUUAAAUAUAUCGGGUUUCUUGAAAAAAAGUGAUGCUAAAAUUUUAAGUUUCUAUUCGUUAAUAUUUCCGAUAUGUAAGAAAUUAUGUUUACGUAUCUGUGUCUCUUUUAUUACAGUGCAAUUAUUGUAAGAUUUGAUAACGAACUAAGAUCAAAUUAAUGUGUUUGUAGGGUAUAUUAUUACGUACAAUGUUUAAAUACGUACUUCAAAAUGUAUGCCUUCCUAAAUCGCAUGUAACAUAUUUUGCAUUUUCGAUACUGAUCAUGUAUGUUCAAUAGAUGUGUAGCUUAUAUACAGUUAUUCACCACUUCAAACUAUACUACGUUUCAACAUAAAAGUCUUCAAACUUUAAUGAUUGAUUUAUCGUUUAAUAAUUAAUCUUACAUUAACUGAUAUUUUAUUGCACUGCGAUAGGUAUUAAAGUAAUGAUGUCUUAUUUCAUAUGAUGUCUGCAAAAAUUGUACAAAUUAUAUAUUCAACAUUAUAUAAAUUUUCUAUUAACUGAAAACCCAAAAAAAUUUUACAUCAAAAGAAAUAUCUAGAAUGACAUCAUUUUGUGGUGAUACGCAGCGUACGCGAGCUAUAUUGUCUUAUGUAUUUAUUGUAAAAUUAAGAACAAAACUACAAAUAUGAUAUUUGCUAACGGAUGAUUACAUUCUUAAAAGAGAAAACAAAUAUUAACUUUCUCCUCUUUUAUAGAAUUUAUACUUUCGCAAUUGAAUAGGUAGAUAAGAAUUCUAUUUUUCCGUUCAUUCUUUUAAAGUACUAUAGUUUUGUACUUUAUCAAAAACAAUGUGAAAUAUUGUAAAUAUUAGAAUAAGGAGAUAGUUAUAUUCGAUGUAUAUUUAACUCUGGAAUUAAUGGAAUAGUAUUCUGCUUUCUUGUAGAAAGAAUAAACAAAAGGCUAGACCCCUCAGUCUUGCAUCAGUUAAAAGUUAUUGAAUAUAACUAUAUAUUGUAAUUAAAAGGAAAGGAUAUGAGUUUUUAAUUAUUCAACGAUCAAUAUCUCUAAAAGAGUAUGAACAUAUUUCUCGAUCUUAAGUUAUGAUAAGGAUUUGUAAAGUACAUAAGUUUUUGCGAAAACUUUGUAUUUUAUCACUUUUUCCAUUA